AGGCUUGCAAGAGUCCACAUAUUGCGUAUUAUCUUCACUUUUUUUUCCUUCUCUGUGCAGACCUUUUGAGUCUUUUCUCUUUCUGCUUUUGUGUGUCUUCUUCCACCUCAUGAAAACAAAGCUUUUGUAAGUCAAGCAUGCAGAGGGAGAGAGCACAAACCCCCAAAGCUAGGGUUUCUCUAGGGCAUUUCGUAGGUUUCUCUGUAGAUUUAGUGACACAGUUCUAGAGAGAGAGAGAGGGAUAGAGAACGAAGUGCUAAGCCACAAUAAAGGGUUUUGCUUGCCUUCUUUCUCUUUCUUUCUCUCAGAAAAAAAAAAAAAAAACACACUAAGAGAGGAAGUUGGAGACAUUUGGAUUUGCCCUUGUGUCUCCUCUACCUCUCUUUCUUUUCUCUAAUUUUUAUGGUGUUUUGGUGUGGUUUGAAUAAACAUUGUGUUUAUAGGUUGUUUUGUUGAUGCAAUUUCUGGGUUGAUUCAGUGCUUUGAGAGUGAGUUUUGUGUUGAAAAUAAAGUGAAUCUGUAUCUGCAAUUGUUACUGUGUUAAGAAGUUGCUGUAGAUUUAUAGAUAUUGAAGAAAUCUAGAGAGAGAAACAAGGGAAGUGUAAGGCAGGGAAGUGGUUAGUAGAUAGAACAUCAAAAGGUAGUAUUUAAUGAGUUUUGGGGGUUUUCUUGAAAAUGGUACUGGUGGCGGUGGUGGUGGCGGUGCAAGAAUAGUUACAGAUAUAACUUACAGCAGCAACAACAACAUGGCUAGUGGUGAUAUUGCUCAGCCACGCCUUGUCUCUUCAUCUCUGACCAAGUCCAUGUUCAGCUCACCUGGACUCUCUCUAGCCCUUCAAACGAGUAUGGAAGGUCAGGGUGAGGUGACACGAUUUGCUGACAAUCAUGAGUCUAAUGUUGGUAGAAGAAGCAGAGAAGAAGAACAUGAGAGCAGAUCUGGCAGUGAUAACAUGGAGGGUGGCUCCGGCGACGAUCAAGACGCUGCCAACAAGCCGGCAAAAAGAAAGAGAUACCACCGUCACACCCCACAACAAAUCCAAGAGCUAGAAGCUCUUUUCAAGGAGUGUCCUCAUCCUGAUGAGAAACAAAGGUCGGAGCUUAGCAAAAGGCUGUGUUUGGACACUAGGCAAGUUAAAUUUUGGUUUCAGAAUCGCAGAACUCAAAUGAAGACCCAACUGGAACGCCAUGAGAACUCUUUACUUAGGCAAGAAAAUGAUAGGCUUCGAAUGGAAAACAUGACCAUGAGGGAUGCAAUGAGGAACCCAAUUUGCACCAACUGCGGUGGUCCUGCGAUGAUCGGUGACAUAUCUUUAGAGGAUCAACACCUUAGGAUUGAGAAUGCACGCCUCAAGGAUGAAUUAGAUCGAAUCUGUGCCCUUGCCGGCAAAUUUUUAGGCCGUUCUAUUUCGUCAUUGGCUGCUCCCACAGCCCCACACAUGCCAAACUCAAGUUUGGAACUUGGAGUCGGAGUUAAUGGUUUUGGUGUAUUGAGUAGUGUGGCAACAUCAUUGCCUUUGGGGGCGGAUUUUGGUAUUGGGAUUUCUAGUGGUUUGCCGGUGGUCCCUCUUACUAGAGUGGCCAGCACUUGUGACACGGGAGGCACCGAGGGAUCGCUGAAGCGAUCAAUGUAUUUGGAGCUUGCUUUAGCUGCGAUGGAUGAAUUGGUUAAGAUGGCCCAGAGUAAUGAGCCCCUUUGGUUCAGGAGCUUGGAAGGGGGAAGGGAAGUACUGAACCAUGAGGACUACUUGAGAACAUUUUCUCCUUGCAUCGGCUUGAAACCAAAUGGUUUCGUUGCCGAGGCUUCAAGGGAGACGGCCAUGGUAAUCAUCAACAGUUCGGCUCUUGUUGAGACAUUAAUGGAUUCGAAUCGAUGGGCGGAAAUGUUUCCUUGUAUGAUUGCCAGAACCUCUACUACAGAUGUGAUUAUUAGUGGUAUGGGGGGAACCAGAAAUGGUGCACUUCAGCUGAUGCAUGCUGAGCUCCAAGUCCUCUCACCAUUGGUACCGGUUCGUGAGGUCAAUUUUCUGCGUUUCUGCAAGCAGCACGCAGAGGGGGUGUGGGCGGUGGUCGAUGUGUCCAUUGAUACAAUCCAAGAAACUUCCGGUGCACCGACAUUGAUGAACUGCAGGAGGCUUCCUUCUGGCUGUCUAGUGCAAGAUAUGCCCACCGGCUACUCAAAGGUUACAUGGGUAGAACACGCAGAAUAUGACGAGAGCACAGUUCACCAGCUCUACCGGCCCUUGAUCAGUGCCGGCAUGGGUUUUGGUGCCCAGAGAUGGGUGGCCACCCUUCAAAGACAAUGUGAAUGCCUCGCCAUCCUCAUGUCCUCCAACGUGCCCACUAGGGAUCAUACUGGGAUAACUGCAAGUGGCCGGCGAAGCAUGUUGAAGCUAGCACAGCGGAUGACUGAUAACUUUUGUGCCGGUGUGUGCGCUUCCACGGUGCACAAAUGGAACAAGCUCUGUGCUGACAACGUGGACGAAGACGUCCGGGUCAUGACCCGGAAGAGCGUGGAUGAUCCCGGCGAGCCACCGGGCAUUGUGUUGAGCGCUGCCACUUCAGUUUGGCUGCCUGUAUCCCCUCAAAGAUUGUUUGAUUUUCUACGUGAUGAGCGGCUUAGAAGCGAGUGGGACAUUCUAUCAAACGGUGGUCCAAUGCAAGAGAUGGCCCACAUCGCAAAAGGCCAAGACCAUGGCAACUGCGUCUCUCUCCUCCGUGCUAGUGCCAUGAAUGCCGACCAGAGCAGCAUGCUGAUUCUCCAGGAGACAUGCGUCGACGCGGCAGGGUGGCUGGUGGUGUACGCGCCGGUCGACAUCCCGGCAAUGAACCUUGUGAUGAACGGCGGAGAUUCGGCCUACGUGGCACUCCUUCCAUCGGGCUUUGCUAUAGUGCCGGACGGGCCAGGCUGUCGUGGGCCUCCUGGUAACAGCCCCAACAAUGUGGGCCCGGAGAGGGUGGGUGGGUCACUCUUAACCGUGGCCUUUCAGAUCCUGGUCAACAGUCUACCGUCGGCGAAGUUAACGGUGGAGUCGGUAGAGACGGUCAACAAUCUCAUCGCAUGCACAGUGCAGAAGAUCAAAGCAGCUCUCAACUGCGAAAACUGAUUGCACGUGAUGGUCACGUGAUGAAUAAUUGGAGAGGUUGGAUGGUUAGUCGAAUAAUGGUAUUUAUGUUACAUCAUCGUAUUAUACUUAAAUUGAUGAUGAUGUGGUAUGAAUAUCAUUCUUAGAUUGAUAAUCAAAUCUUUUCAUUAUUGAAGAGGAUCAUUGUUUGGUCGUUGAAUGAUUGAGAAAGCUUUACCAGUUUUUAAAAAGACUAAAAAAAAAAAAAACUCGCAAUUUUGGGUGAGUCAAGAACGAACCGCGGGUGGAUAAUCCUUGCCGGCUGGUGAGAGCGAGUGUGGGACCCCGUAGACGUACUCAAAGUGGGGUCAGUGUCUUCUGAACACAACGCAAGGGUGGUGGUUCGGGUAUUGACUCAGAUCGACCCGCGAGUUGACUCGUGAAAGCUGAAGAAUGGAAAAUUUUAACGGACAUGUAAUAGGGGGUAGAAAAUUAAUUAUUUUUUAUCUGUUUAUUAUUGUUGAGGCUGAUGUUAUAAUUGCCUGCUGUGUGUGUUGUGUUUUACUACAUUUUAUCUGCUAGGUUUGAUUUUGAAGAUGUGUAAGGUCUGUCUGUUGUUGUUGUAAUUUAGUACUUAAAACUUACAAAGAUUCUCCUAGCGAUUGCAUAUGUAAAGUCUAGUCUUUUCUUU